AUGGGUCAAGGCGAUGUAUACAUUCACAACGCACCGGCCCUCCCAAAGAGCCCGAUGUUCAAGGGUUCUACGAAGGAAGAACGGCGAGCGUUCAUGGCGUCGUACAACCAGUACAUCAGCCAGACGAAUGCCCUUACCGCGAACGGCGUUCGACCAUUUCUGAUGCUGUUGAGUGCGUGCAUUGAGCCGGCGACUAAACAACGCGUGGCGGAGUGGGACGUGGGGAAGUUCCCGGAAGAGGUAACUGAUGCCGAUUGGGCGGCAUGGUUUACGCUGGGAUUUCAAGUUGACGCUCUGACACUGAAUUCCCUCAAAAAACGAGUCAAGGCCUCGGUGGUUUUUGACAUGUCGAUCCCGGACGCAGAUUCUCGGAUCGGGCAAAUGUUGGACGGCGUGGCGGCUGCUUUACACCGAGACCACCAGGAGUGGGUUAUUCGAGAAGAAAGUGCCUCCAUCGUAAAGAUCAUUACGGAGGCGGUCAAGCCGGUGUCACUCCAUCGGGCAGUGACGGAGCAGAUGGCGCUGACGCGAAACAAGCCCCUGAAGAAGAAGGACGUGUACCGUUUCGUGCGUUGGUUGCGUGAAUUUGCCAUCGGCCACGAGCGUUUUGUCGGCUAUGAAGAAGAAGCGAAGCCGGCCGGGAAACCUGAGCCGCCGAGGAUGCCGCAAGGAAGCGGCCAAACAUUUAGGCCAGCUUCAGAUUUAGGCCAGCUUCAGUGCAGGCGCUACCGAGAGUGA